ACCAUGCAGGUGCUAGCCAAGCGCUACCCCAAGAACUGCCUGCUGACUGUUAUGGACCGGUACUCAGCUGUGGUGCGCAACAUGGAGCAGGUGGUGAUGAUCCCCAGCCUUCUGCGGGACGUGCAGCUGGGUGCACAUGCUGGAGCCCCUGACCUCUACAACUACUUCACUAUGCUCAAGGCCAUCCGUGUGGAUGUGGACCAUGGGCUCCUGCCCCGGGAGGAGUGGCAGGCCAAGGUGGCAGGUGAAGCCAAAGAGACCGAGAGUGAAACUGCAGAGACCGAGGAGGAGGAGGAGGAAAGCCUCUCGGGGGAGCUGGACCUGGAAGCUCAGUUCCACCUGCACUUCUCCAGCCUCCAUCAUAUCCUCACAAACCUUACCCUGAAAGCUGAGGAGGUGACCAGGAAAUACCAGGAGAUUACGGGACAGGCCGUGUAGGCCUUGGACUCUAGGGAAGAUCACUUUACAUGAUUGAAGGCAGACUAUCUGACAAGGACAUGGAGGAAUUCCUUCUCUCUGAUGAGACCAGAAAGGCUUGGUCCUGCAGCUUGAAGUGCAGGCAACUUGAGUUAUCUGGGAUGCUUCCCUAUCUCCCUCCCAGCACCGAUCUCUGGAUUCACACUGGGUCAUCUCUGGGAUGCUUGUUGCUAUUCAUAACUCCCCCUGCUCCUCUUACAGCUUAGGAUGGCCAGCGGUUCAUGAGGGCCUCUGUGUUACCUGGCCAGUCUGGUAUGGCAAAAAGACAAUAAGCUUCAGCACCUGAACCACCAAAGUUCACAGCCCUCUUCUAGGCUGUCAUUCACUAUGUGAUCUUGGGCAAGUACAUUAACCUACCAGAGCCUAAAUUUCCCCAAUAUAAAAUGGGGAUAGUACUACCUACCUCACGAGGUUGCCAUGAAAAUUAAACAAGAUGAUGAAUCAAAAGCACUUGGCGAAAGCUAUUAUAGUCGAUUUUUUCCUCCCAAUUUACCUUCUAUUUACUCCAGCCUUUGCUUUUUUACCCUUCAGACUCAGGGGUAGCAGAGUCCCUCAGGAUGAAUGGUUCACCCUCAUGUACCAGCCAACCACAGGUAUAGCUAGAUACAGGUGAACUAUAAACCUAUUUAUUGCAAUAAAAA